AUGUUUGAGAGAGGAGCAAGGAAAGGAAGAAGAAAGCACGCUACUGUAAAUGAAAAUUGUGAACAUGAAUUUAAAAUAUUUUUCAAUCCAUUCCCAUUCCAUUCCCGUUCCAUUCUUCUCUCGCCCUCUCAUGAUUCCGAAGCAAGUUUGAGAAAUCAAGCUUCGCGUAACAGCGACUCCAGUCGUUUAUCGCUUACUCACUUCCUCGAUCGCAAACUGCAUAACUCUUCAACAGUCCCUCAAACCGUUUCGGGGAAAUUGACGCCUUUUCAAUCACCGGCCAAUGAGCAAGAUGGAAGCGUCAAACUAACUGAAGAAGAGAGAAAGUCUGCAACUGCUGAUGAGAAGUUGAUUUUGGGAAUGAAAAGGAAAAAUCCAUUUGAAGAUCCCUUUGCUGAGGCAAAUGCUGAGGACUCUGGUGCCGGUGCCGGGACCAAAGAAUAUGUUCAUGUCCGUGUACAACAGCGUAACGGAAGGAAAAGCUUAACAACUGUUCAAGGGUUAAAGAAAGAGUUCAGCUAUAGCAAGAUACUCAAGGACUUGAAGAAAGAAUUUUGCUGUAAUGGCUGGCAUUGUAAAGAAGGAGAAUAUCAAGCUUCAUGGUUGAAUUCGAAAGCUAUAAUUCCAAAAACAUCAAUUUCGAUCGCUUUAUUGAAGGUCAUGCUAGGAUCAAAAGGUUCUUUCUUAGUGCAACAGGCCAUGAGGGCAUUCCGUGCUCAGAAUUUAGAAAGUGCCAAAUCAAGACUCAGCCUAUGUGCAGAAGACGUUCGUAGUCAGAUUGAAAAAAGGAAUUUAUCUGUCAAGACGAAAAACGUGUCAAUAGCCCAAUUUAAGAGUCUUUGUGCUUAUUGGAGUAAGGAAACUAUACAAGCAAUCAGUGAAAAUAACACUAGAAAUAGAGCUCAACUAAAGUGGAUGCAUCGAAUGGGUCCCAAAAACUUUGCUUUGACUCGUGAAAAAUGUGAAAAGGAAAAAAGAGAGCCCACUCAAUCAGAAAUGUUUGUUGAAACUCGAAAAGGAAAUAAAGGAAAGGAACUGGAUGUAGAAACUGGAAAAGUAAUUGACGACAUAAAUGAUAAAAUUCAAGAGGACGACCUAAAUGAUAAAAUUCAAGAGGACGACGUAGAUGACGAAUUUCAAGAGGACGACAUAGAUCUAGAUGAUGAAUUUCAAGAGGAGGAUAUAGAUGGUGAAUUUCAAGAGAACGACAAAGAUGAAGAAUUUAUGGAGGAUGACAUAUCUAAUGAAUUUCAAGAGGACGAUCUGGAUGCUUUACUCCUAGAAAACAAACUUGAAUGA